AUGCGCGAUCAUCUACAGCGCGAGAGCGUCUUGUCGGCCAUUGCCAUGCUGGUUUCCGGUACUUUCAGCACCGUCAUCAUGAAGACCGAGUAUGCUGUGCGUUCUCGCGGCACAAUCACGUGUCUGGAUCCACAUACGGAUGAGCAGACAACGCUGUGUCCUUUUGCCAAGCCCUGGUUUGGCGUAUUGCAGAUGAAAGUAGCCAUGACACUUUGCCUCGUCUUCCUGUACGUGCGUAAACGCUCGCAGCAUCUCCAGUACCUGGAGACGCCAGUGCUAAGGAUGCAUAAGGACGGACGACGGUAUGUGGCCUCUACGCCGUCUAAUGAGAAGCUGUCGGUCAUUAAACAAAAGUACGCGAGCCAUGCCGGAGCUGAGAACAAGGUGGAGGUUCUUAAGCAGAAGUACCGACCACAUCUCAAUGGCAAACUUGAUGAGCAGUCACCGUUACUAGGGUCGCGAUUACCGGGGAAAGAAGAUGGUCAGCAGGGACGAAUAUCACUACGUACCAUGAUGACGAUUGCCCUUCCAUCCUUGCUGGAUUUACUACAGACUGUGCUGUCCAAUGUCGGACUGCUAUGGGUCUCGUCAUCAGUGUAUCAGAUGGUACGAGGCUCGAUUAUCAUUUUUAGCGCGUUCUUCUCGGUAAGGCUCAUGGGCAAAAAGCUGCACGGAUAUCAUUAUGCUAGUAUCUGGAUCGUCAUGCUGGCGGUCGCACUCGUGGGGUAUGCUGGCGUGAGACACCACUCGAAGGAAUCGGCUGCAGACGACACCGACUCAUUCAAUGCAGCUCUGGGGCUGUUUUUCAUUACUGCUGCGCAAAUUUUGUGCGCACUGCAGAUCGUCGUGGAGGAACACAUGAUGCUGGCGUUAAACGUAAGCCCAAUGUUGCUUGUGGGCUUCGAGGGUCUAUGGGGACUAGUGUUCUACGUCAUAUUGAUGCCAAUCCUCACGCUCACACCUGCCGACGCAGGCUCGGCAUUUGCCCGAACGUGGCACGAGGACUUUGUCGACUCGUUCGUGCAGGUGAAAAACUCGCCCACGCUCAUGGUGCUUAUUCUGGCCUACAUUGUGGCGGUUGGCACGCUUAACGUGACAGGAAACUACGUCACCAAGCAUCUCUCGGCUGUCAUGCGCAGCAUUACCGAGACGCUGCGCACCCUCGGCGUCUGGAGCCUCAGUCUUUUUGUCUACUACGUGAUGCAGUGGCAAGGCCCGGCGUCGCCCGGCGAGCAGUGGACAACCUACAGCUGGCUGGAGCUACUGGGCUUUGUGUUAAUAAUCUAUGGCACACUGGCGUACAAACAGCUUGUCUGCUUGCCUGUAUCCGGCCUCUACGCGGCGCGCGAUCUUCAUCAAAACCGCGACCGCAAAGGAGCCUCCAGGUCGCCCUUUAUGGGUAACUUGCAUAAGUAG